AUGAUUUCCUCUUCUUCCAAAGUUCAACAACAACACCACACCUCCUACCGAACCAAGAAACAAGUGAAACGCCUUUCUCUCUCAAAAUUCAACCAACGAAUUGUGAAGAUCAUGAUCGUUGGAAAUGGGUCUACCGGAAAAACUUGUCUAUUCACGAGACUUUCUCAACAACGAUUUCCGGGAGGUGUCGACGAGUAUAUUCCUGUAACAGUUGAUCCUUGUACUCAAACUGUCAAUCUUACAAAACAUGUCCCUAGUGAACUUUCCUUUACAGUUGAAUUAAUUGAUACUGCAAGUGGAGAAUACUAUCAUACGAUCCGAGAACAUACCUAUGCUCAAGUAGAUUUAAUACUUGUUGCCUAUUCUUGUGUGGAUUCCAACUCUCUAGAAAAUGUCACCUAUUCAUGGAUACCUGAAGCAAGAAAUCACGCUCCUCAAACCCCAAUCAUUCUAGUUGCAAACAAAAUUGAUUUAAGAAACAAUCAAGAGGUCGUCUCACGGAAACAACCAAUCCCUUUCGAAGAAGGAGAAAAGGUUGCAAAAAAGAAUGGUUGUAUCUCGUUUUUGGAGACUUCUGCAUUGAGCGAUGAAGGUUGUAGUGAUUUUUUGGAGAUAUGUGUUAAGGCAGUUAUGCUUUCAAAGAACGAAGAGAGUUCUUCUUGUUGUCUGCAAUAG